UGAUAAACUCUCGAUGACUCAGCAAGUCCGAGAUUAGCAUAUGCAUGAGUCUUCUUUUAUUUUUAAAGACAUUUCUUGCAAAGCACCUCAUUAAACUUCUGCUUCCCGUUUGGUAGCCAAUCGCAGACCGGCUGAUAUCUCAGGACCGAAUACAAAUGAUGUGCAACGUUUGCGACGACCGACGUCUUGGAGAGAGAGAGAGUGUCGGCCACGCGCAUCACAACCUGGGUGCGCGUGACAGCGCGUGCGGCACCGCCACGUAUCUGCCGCUCAGCACCGUACAUCUUCACAUCUCCUUCCCUCCCCCCACUGUCCACCGAGCCCCUCCGUCGCCCAGGACCGUUUCUGGCAGUGGGCAGCGGAUCUUGCUGGGCACCAGAACCCAUGGCCAUCCGCUCUCGCGGACUUUUUCGGCGAAGGAUGAACUUGAGUGUGGUGUAACGCCCGGUGCGAGGAGCAAGAAAAAAAGUGAAUUAAGGUUUUCUGACAUAGGAUCCUGCCCUGCCUGCUGCUCACGCUGGAUAUGCUGGUUUGCUCUUGAGCCAAUUAACUUUGAUCCCGGGAGUUACUAGGAACAACGGAAGCGCUACAAAGUGAUCCACCCGCGUCGUUAAAGGGGUGGAACUUUCAGGUGGUCCCCGUUUGUGAUCUUCGCCAUGAGAAAAUUACAGGGACUCCCAGGAAAAAAGAAAGCGGUGCUCUUCAUGUUGUUUCACUGUAAACACAGCUAGAGCUCUGCUCCAAGCGAACCCACCAGCGCCACCGGAAACACCCUACUUCUGGUUCCAAGUGCUUUGAUGGACCGAGCUAAAAAAAAAAUUAAUUAAACAACGAAUUUUAUGAAGAGAUUUCCGUGGAGAACACAUCUGCAAAAGGAGCUGUUUGGUGCGCAAGGGACACGAAGGGCAUUACAUGAAACAAAAUCGUCUUCGCUAGUAAAAGUUGGAAAAAGGUUUGGAAGUUAAGGACCGACUGACUACCGUCAAACCUGGAGACAGACCUCCACGUUCGCUGGGGUUUUCACCCCACCCCACUACCCCCAAGCCAGUUUUACUCUUCGCCAAGGCAAGCGCCAGUCUGGAAUGCCUGGACUAUUCCUGGCUGACACGAGACUACAGCAAGAGGGUUUAAAUCAUCAUCUUUAUCUUUCUGUAUCGUCAUUCUGUCUUUAACAGGUCUGUACAGGCAGCGCGUUCAAACCAAACGACCGGCCGAGAGAUGAGUCGGUAUGGCUGACAGGAUGAAAGAACUCUUUAAAUGCACAUUCGGACAAGUCAUCGCCAUUAUCUUCGACGACAAAUUGCUGCCUAAGAUUGCUGUUUAACUUGGGAGGUGUCCACUCUUAAUUCAUCUACACACUGCUGGAGUCAAUCCUUCUCGAAAAAAACAAAAAACAAAAAACUAUCAGCAAUAACUGGCGGACCAGAACAUAUCUGUGUACAAGUUCACGACAGUCCCAGAUGAAGAGUAGCAGAUGACUCGUAAUAUUUACAUCUCCAAACGCUGCACACUCAUGGUAGACAAUAAUACUUCGGCGGGUGGACCUACUUAAAUUAAAAAAACAAAACAAAACAAAAACAAGCGAACGAGACCCGACAUAACAAACAUGUUGGGUACCACGAACUCCGCUCACCACGCCGAGAAGACUUCCGCUGUCUCGCGCGUUUACUCCCUCUCGACUUUCUUCCUGGACCACUACGACAUCAAUAUCACCACCAACUGGCACAACAACAAUCGCAGCUGCCUUCUGUCGCCGGACACUUGCCUGGACGUGGCGGCUGCUGCGGUCCGCGACUUCGGCGGAGACGGCGCGGCAACGGUCGCGACUGCCGUGGACGCGGAGCGCGGCGCGACGCUGCUGGAGCGGCUGCACGAGGUCGCGACCUUCCGAGCCUCCCUGCUGCUGGUGAUGUGGGCCCUACCCGUCGUCAUCGGAGUCGGGGUGGCCGGCAAUCUCCUCAGCCUGUGGGUGUUACUCCGGCGCGGUAUGCGAAGAACCUCCGCAUGCAGGUACCUGGCCUGCCUAGCCGUGGCCGACACCGCCGUGCUGCUGACGUCGGCCUUCAAGACUUGGGUUCGGGUGGUUUGGGGAGAGGAGCUCCUGCACGUGUCGCCGGCCUCCUGCAAGCUCUUCAUCUUCUUCACGCACCUGUCGCUGACCUGCGCCGCCUGGCUCAUCGUUGCCGUCACGCUCGAGCGAUUUCUGGCCGUGUGGUUGCCGCUGCGGGCCUCCGAGGUGUGCAGCGUGGGCCGCACGCGAGGCGUCAUCGCAGGGCUGCUGCUGACGCUGGGCCUGAUCAACGCCCACAUCUUCUGGACGGCGGAGCUGGUGCCUGUUCCCCCUCGCCAUGCCCUCAGCUCCUCCGGCGUGCAGUGCGCCAGCUACGCGUACGAGACGCUGGCAUGCGAGGUGUUUCCCUGGGUGCACCUGGCUCUCUACUGCUUCCUCCCGGCGGGUUUCCUCCUCGUCCUCAACACCCUCAUCCUCGUCAAGCUCUUUCAGCACCGUAAGGCGCUGGAGGAGCGUCAGAACUCUAUGGUCACCAUCCCGGUGAGAAACCUACACCACGUGCAUCACCUUCACCAUCACCACAACCAGCAGCCUCACCAGCGCAAACCUCUGACGACCACGACCAUCACCAAGAUCCUGCAUCAUCAUCAACAGGGCUCCAACCCGCUGCGCCCACAGACCCUAACGCAGGCAUCCAUAUCGUCAUCCUCGUCUUCAUCCUCGUCGCAUCAGUUCCACCGCCGGCUGGCACCGAUGCUGCUGGGCAUCUCCUUCGCCUGGCUGCUGCUGACCACGCCGCAGACCAUCUACAACCUCGCCGCCCCAGCCCCGACCUCCCUGGAGGAGAUGGGCCGCCAGCAGCUGGUCCGCACAGUCUGCUUCGUUCUGAUGUAUAUCAACCACGCCCUCAACUUUUUCCUCUACUGCAUGACGGGACAGCGCUUCCGCCAAGAGCUGCGCCGCGUGCUCACCUGCCUGGACCGCGAGCGCCGCGUGCACCUCAAGCGAACGCUCUUCGACUCCUGCGCCGGCAACAGCCGCGGAGGUACGGGCAGCAGCGGCAAUGGCGACCUGGGUCGUCGUAAGGAGAACAGCCCCCUCGACAGCGGCUACCCGCUGAUGGAGCGAAAGCAUCGCUCGAGGAAACAAGAGUCCCACGCCUCGUCGUGAAGCGAGGGCAUAAUUAACGACGUGGUGGAGGAUAAUAAAGCGAUGUAAAACAAACAAGAAACAAAAAUGACCCCGAGUGUUACAUAACACUUCGUGACUUACAAAGCAGCAAAGCUGCGGAAGACAAAACAACGGGGCAUCCCAUGGCAUGAGUGGACCAUCCAGAUAAAACAGUGGGACAUCCAUGCGAACGGAUCAGUAAGACAUCAAUACAAAUCCGUUUAAACAUUUGGAUAUAUCACUGGGAUAUCCUGACAUAACUGUAGGAUGUGCAGAGCUGUCAAAGAACAGCUCAGUCGUCUUGCAUACUGAGAGCUUGAUUUUUGUUGUUUUGCUGUGUCAAGUUUUUCAGCUGACUGGCAGGUGGAACUAUACAGGUGUGUCGAGCACGAAUCCGAGGUAGAUGGCUCAGGGCUCAUCGGUGGCUGCAGUCUUGUAGUGUCUUCGGCACCUUAAAACCGUUCUUUAUCCAAUGUUCCAACAAGCCAUACAUGUAUCACCCAUUAAUAAUUAUUAAGCACGCUUUGGAGUUGUCUACUCUUGCUAUUUUAUUCACCGACUUCCAAACCAAGCCACCCCACCUGUCCACAGGUGAUGUCUACAUUGAUAAACUGCCGUUUUGCUUUUCAAAUAAAAUUCUUUAUAAAGGCGCCUACGAAACAAGAGGCAAGUGUAUUAGGAUGAAGAUGAUUUUCUCCUUAAGCCACAGGAGCUUCUAGUGUUCACUCUUGUGGUAGUCAUUAUGCUGGAAUUGAACAUCACAAUAAACAGGAGGCAACAGCUAACUCGACGCACGUCUUUGGAUUUUGUUUCCUCGAUGUUUCUAAUUUAUGAUGACCAUGAAAACCUUUAAAUAUGUGUUUAAUGUGUCAAUUCUUGCAGAAAUUGCUGCAUUACCUCUCCCUCACCCUUGAGAACUGUUUUCAACCAUUGCUAAAGAAACACUUGAUUGACAGUUUUGACCAACCCUUAGCAUGAAUAAUAAACUGCACUUAUAAACGCACUUCUAAAAGCCUCAACUUACAAAGGACACUGUCUAAAACAUUGUCUUUCAUUUAUCUGUGUCUUGAAAUGCUUAAUGUAAAGCUUUCUCCGUGAGAAUCCUCACCUUUCAAUUGUGGAAUGGUCCUAAUGCUGCUCUUACACUAGAUCAUGUUUUGUAGAA